GUAUCUCAAAAAGACAGAAGACAAAAGCAAACUCAAAGUAUUUCAUUGAAGUCAAAAGUUAAAGCUAAAACCAAUCUCUUGAUUCUUUUUCUCUGAACCCUGAACACACUGAAAAUUUUCCAAACAAACUCGCAACAAUUUCUUCUUCUUCUCCUUCAUCAUCAUCAUCAGCAGCAGCAGCAGCAACAGUAAUGGCGAAUAAUAACAAACAGCAAAGAGCAGGUCCUACGAAUCUAGCAUCUUGUAUAAUAGCAACAAUUUUUAUAAUUUCUAUAUCAAUGAUAGUCUUAAUAGUUUUCUUUACUCUUUUCAAACCCAAAGAUCCAAAAAUUUCGAUUAACGCAGUUCAGCUCCCGACUUUCUCACUGUCUAACAACACUGUUAACUUCACUUUCGCUCAAUAUGUUUCGGUUAAUAACCCCAAUCGUGAUGUUUUUACUCACUUUCAUUCUUCUCUUGAACUAGUUUAUUCCGGUAAUCAAGUUGGUUUUAUGUUUAUUCCUGCUGGUACAAUUCAAUCUGGGGGUACUCAAUUUAUGUCUGCCAUGUUUUCUGUCCAAUCUUUUCCAUUAAUUUCUUCUUCUCCGAUGAUGACGUUAAAUAGCUUCAGUGGUGAUGAUGAUCCUGGCAGUGGGUUACCUUCUGAACAUACUUUUGAGAUGGAAUUGAAGAUGAAAAUGGCGGGUAGGGUAAAAAUUCUGAAAUUUUUCACUCAUCGUGUUGAAACUGAAGCUAGUUGUAGAGUUGCUGUUUCUGCAAAUGAUGGCUCUGUUUUGGGUUUUCAUUGUUGAAUUUAAUUGUUCAGUUUGUUUAUUCAGAAGAGUAUAUACAGAUAGAUUAACUGAACCCGCAAAUGUUGCAGCUUCUUUUCUUUUCUAAAUUUUUGACAGAAACACUAAGUGAUAUAUUUUGAUUAAUAAAAGGAAAAGUGCAUGGUAGCUUGGUCA